AUGGAGCCCCUCCCUUCGGCCAUCGAUUCACCGACCCAUUCCAGAGAUAAGUCGGCGGGGUCCCAAAUUCGCAUCGACGAGCUGCCGGCCGUGAACCGACCCCGUCAUGGAGGACUUUCCAACAAUGCGACCUCUUCUCUCCGCCGCGCUAACACGGUGGCACAGAGUGGGAACCUCAUUAAGAGGAACCUGGAAUUGAAGGCUACACGAGAAAGGACUGGCAUGACGACUGGGAUACGUGCUAAAGAUAGCCAUGAAAUGUUACGAAAUGCCCCAUUACAACGAUCCAAGACGCAGAUACACCGGUCCCCGCUGGAAGCCCGUCCAGCGACACGGAAAGCAGGUCAUUUUACGGUUGGAAGUGUCGGCCAAAAUGGCAAGAUCUUUCUCAGGCCGAUUGCAAAUCCACCGCAGAAAGCCCCUUCAAUAGUUCCAUUCUCCUCUAUCGAUCAAGUGACGAACGACCGUCUUCAGCCGCAAAAACACACACCAGUUCGAGAUGACCCGUCACGGUGGUCGAGUUCGCAGCUGUCUGAACUUCGUCCACGCGGAAACCCCGGCGAUGAUAAUGAGUCCGUCUUUUCCGAAGCACUGCGGCCUGAAUCGAUCCUCUACCAUCGUCAACGAGCCAACUCAUUUUCUACAAUUUCGGAGCAACAGUCAGUAUCGGGUGUGGGAAACCGUGGAGAGUUGCGCAUUGUGAUCGACCGGUCUGAAGAUCGACCCAAGUCAGCGGGCGAGAAAACUGGCACCUCAGCUCUCGAAGUCCCCAUCCCCCAUUACCGGCUCGGCUCCCCACGUUUCAACACUGAAGGUAGUGCAAUCCUGCAUAGUUCCGUCUACACUUGGACCUCAAUGUCCGACAAUUUUCGGAAUUCGACUCUGUUAGGUGGCAUGGCAGAUCCCUUGCCAUCGCAUCUCCAAAGCGCGUACAGCAGAGAUUCAUUUUCUCGAAACAGGCCCUCUUUUGCAGUCUCUUUAUUUUCAGGGACUGGGGCUAUAGAUCUCAGCCGAGCUUCCCCCAUCCCGAGGAACUCGGUGGUCCAUGAGUUGAAAGGACCCGUGGAACCCUCUAUCUAUGAAGCCUUAGUUUCGGAUAUGGAUGGUGAAUCGGUCGUGCGGUAUAUUCCCGGCACCAAAGAUAUAAGUGCAGCUACGCCCGCCCGCAUCGUUGCACAGAUCUCUUCCGAGUCAUUCAUGGACUACGAGCUCGUGUCGGACUUCUUCCUCACGUUCCGCUCAUAUCUUUCUCCAGGCCACCUACUUGCCCUACUUCUUGCACGCCUGCAAUGGGCGAUCAACCGACUUCAGGAGGAUGGACGCAUUAUCCGUAUCCGUACUUUUGCAGCUCUUCGCCAUUGGAUCUUGAAUUAUUUUGUUGACGACUUCGUUGCGAAUUAUGAUCUCCGAAUCCACUUCUGUGACACUAUUAACAUGCUGUAUACCAAUGUGAAAUCACGAGAGACCGGCGGCAUGAGUGAUCUAAAGAUUCUCAUUGACUUGAAGCGGUGUUGGAAUGGCAAGUGCUCCGUUUAUUGGACAGCAACGGAAUUCUCCCGUGCUUAUAAUGAUCCCGACACUCCCAUCGCCCCCGGAAGCAUUCAGAUUGACAUGCCUCAUGUUGAUGCGCCUGGACAGGAUGUCUCUCCAGCGGGUGCGGUUGCCCACGCGGAUAGCACGUCGCGUGAUAGCCUGCCUGUCUCCGUACAACAUGACCGAAAUGAUUCUGCUGCCACUGCACAAAGCAUACCUUUCUCGAAUAAGAGUGAGCAGAGCGUGGUAGCACUUUCCUGCUCGUUGCCCCCCAAGUCCCUGAGGCGCUUGUCCAUGCCUUAUUCAAAAGGCAAGGCACCGCAUCCUGUACCUUUGGGCCUUACGAAAAGCACGUCUCCUCACGAACCACCUCCAUCGUCACCAAAGCUGUCACGGUACCCCUUUCAUAGCCAUACACAUAAGAGAAGUGGCAGCUUUUCUGAUUCUGUGCGAGAUGAUCGCAUGCCCAUGUUUGGCGUCGAACCCAGUUCGGCCGGGUUAGCACCACAAGAGAUUCUGGACCCCGUCAGCUUCAUUCGCGGGGCUUUAUAUCCUCCGGCAGAGUCGUACAUGACCAUGAUGGCACCGGAUUCACCUCCUUUGGCUCCACCUUCAACCUCGUCCAAUCCGGAUCGACGAAGCAUUCCAGAUGGAGGGGCUAAAGCAGGGCCAUCUAAUUCUGGCGUGAGAACUAUCAUUGGAUCGAUCAAGCGAGCUCUUCAUACCAGAAACGGCGGCCAAAGUGUCUCUGCUCGGAUUGCAAAUGCUUCCGAUGCUAUCUCGCUCCCCUCGCGGGGGAAGACAUCCGCCAUGCCUAAUCAUAUUGCUUUGGGGUCUGAGUUUUAUCGCGAAAGGAAGAUGGCUGCCGUUCCUAAGCGACCAGCUCGGAUUGACGUGCUCUGCGAUGAAUCUUUGAAACAAUACCGCCAGCUUAUGGGUACAAAUGAGGUCCAAAGAGAGACGACUCAGCAGCUAGCCGCUGCCCCUGGCUUCGAAAAUGCUCUACCCGAUGCUUCUACUGAGCCUCCUCACCUGUCGUCUUUGGAGACCCCCAAGGCUGACGGCUCAAAGAUCAAGAGUGGAUUGACUACAGGUAGUGGAUCCAUCGUUAUUGUAGAUGACACUGGAUUUGAAUUUCCCACCAUGUCCGGAGCUGUGCAGGAUCCCGAGCCUGCCAGUAUUGAUAACCAUGUCUGUUCCAAUUCGGACAGCAAGGUGAUGUCAGCCAUGUCACAUGUCCAGUCACAGACAUCAGCGCCAGGAGAGGGAGAGUAUUUGCUCCCAGUAUAUUAUAACCGCGAUGCGCCAGAAGCCCACGACCCCGUGCUUGCCCCUUUCAACCCCACUGGCCCUCUCCCACAGCGGCGAUCCUUCUCAACCGAUCGCCAAGCUACGCCCACUAAGCGAAUAUCGCUCUCUCUUCGCCUUCGGAAAUAUGCUUCCUUCCAGAGCGGAAUUUCUAAGCAUCGCCUGUCGAUGAAUAGCGAUGCUAGCAAGUCCAACGCUGGCUCCAUUGCCACGCACGAAUUUGCGGAUAGGCCGAUGGGUCCUUCACUUCGCCGCCGUCCUGGCGGCAACUUGCGUCAGAUGCAUUUUGUGGAUGAGCUUGAGCCUGACUCUGGUCGCGAAUCCUUUGUGUCUACUGGUUCCUAUGAUGGCUCCUUGGCCGAGACAUCCUCCACGGCCAAUUAUACUCUCGAACGCCCGCCAUCAGCUCUGAUCCCCCCAAACCCUCGAUUCUCCUUGAUCCAAGGAGGUUCAGCCCGCAAUUUGCGGCGCUCUUUCGAAGCAGCCAUCGCUCAAUUUGCGCAGAUUCCUGAUGACGAUGACGGUGGCAUUGAAUCGACCUUGCUCAAGCUCGAGGGCAAGUGGAAAGGACCGGGCACUGUUCAAGAAACCGGCGGACACGACGAAAGUUCUCAUAGUGGUACUGAAAGGCAUGGUAAGCCUGGCUGGGAAGUUCUUGUUCGGCGCCGACAGACGGAUAGAUCGGCGUACUCUACCGUUGGUGGGAGACUUGCACCUCCCCGACCCUACUCCGACUCUGUGGCGGAGUCUGAAGAGUCUUACAACUCUAUUCCACUGCUCGAGCGAGGACUGACGGACGAGUCAAUGAAGCGGCCGCCCACGAGUCGACUUCACGGCGCCGAUGCUCAUGGUGCUCCCCUCAGUCUCAUUUCUAGUCGGGAUACUUCGGAACUAGCAUCGUCGCAUCCGUCGAUUCAGAUUAUUCAAAAGACUGAGAGCAUACAGCGCAUCCCCCGUGGAUCCACUGUUCCUGAACACGCUUCAGGGUCAGCCGGUCAGAAUACUCCCAAGCGCCGAUCUGCAUUGUCCUCGGACUUGUCUGUUGAUAUGAUUGAUUCCCGCGAGGUCAUGGAUGGCCGGUUGUCUAUGGAUACUCGUAGCCUUACCGCUUCGACUGUUGAUAUCCCGCCACAUCCUCUCGCACACCCUCCCUCGCCUCCGAUGACUAUCCAACAUCCGGGAUCAUUCGGUUCUUCUGUUUCGCCAUUGGACAAGGUGCUGUUCCAGCCCCAGCCUCUCACGCCAGAAACGUCUCCACGGCAUCGGGAGGUAGACACAACCAACCUCAGAUCUAGGAAUGUCCCCCAAUUCUCGACAGAUGUCCUUUCCAAUUCGGAGAAGAACCGUCCCGUCCAACUCACCCUCAACGAGGUUGGGCCCGACCACGUUCCUUUCAUCCUCGCUUGUGAGUCUCAACUGCUUGCUCAGCAGUUAACUUUGGUCGAAAUGGCUGCUUUGAGUGAGGUCGAUUGGCGAGAUUUGGUCGAAAUGAAGUGGAGCAGUGCUUCUCCGGCUAUCAUCAGUUGGGUUCAGUUUCUUUCUGCGGAGCAGCGCAAAGGAAUUGACCUGGUCGUUGGUCGCUUUAAUCUGAUGGUGAAGUGGGUCGUGUCCGAAAUCGUCCUGACCCAGGACAUCCACGAGCGGGCUCGCACCAUUAUCAAAUACAUUCAUACUGCUGCUCAUGCACGCCGCAUCUGCAAUUAUGCGACAAUGCUCCAGAUCGCCAUUGCUUUGUCUUCGUCGGACUGUACUCGGCUACAGAACACUUGGCAGCUCGUUCCACUGGAAGACAAGCGGCUGUUCAAGGAUAUGGAAUGUUUGAUUCAGCCUGUGCGCAACUUCCAUGAUCUUCGUGUCGAAAUGGAGACAGCCAAUCUGCAGGAAGGCUGUAUUCCGUUCAUUGGUCUCUACGUACACGACCUGACCUAUAACGCACAAAAGCCCGCUCAGAUCAACAGCUAUGGCGGAGGAUUACUAGUCAAUUUUGAACGGUAUCGCACAGCUGCCCGAAUUGUCAAGAGCCUUCUUCGCCUCAUCGACGCUAGCACAAAAUACCGCUUCGAGCCCGCUCAAGGAAUUAUCGAACGCUGCUUGUGGAUUGCAUCUCUCUCCGAGGAAGAGAUUCAACUCCGGAGCAAGAGGCUUGAAUAA